AUGAUUGCCGAAUUCAGACUCAGAUUUCAACUCCUCUCUUCUUCUUCUCAACAGAAAAAGCAAACAGGAAAAGAUGUGCCGGGAUUGAGGUUCAAUUCUCGAUUCGGAUUUGUGCAAGAGGCUACAAAAUACUUGGUAGGACCCGUAAGGAAAGACGAAGGCAGUAAGAAAGAAAGAGGACGGCGGACAAAAAAGCAUGUGGGAAUUGGUCUCAAUUGGAUGAUGUUCGGCCUCGGGAGGUGUGGGGAGCAAGACUUCGUGGACCCAGGAAAUAUUGCAAAAGGCUCCGUCCGGCUGGAGUCUAGAUGGAUCAACCACCACUCGUAUCCCACCCCCAUUACGCUAAUCCCUGUAUGUUUUGUUGUCAGUGCCCUAGCCACACCAAAUCGUGAUCGUGUGAUACUGGGGCUGUUCCCGGCCCAUCCUUAUGACCAUCAUCAUCAUCAGCAGCAUAGACCCUUUCUAACGGUCUUCGUUGGCCAUCCUUCGUGGCUGCCCGGCGAGCAACCAUCUCAUCAUCAGUUGAUUGGAGAGAAGAGAAGAAGAGCACUUGUACAGAUCUAUCUUGGACAUAAUCGCAAUUGGGCGAUCGCGAUUUUUACUGAUGCUGAAGCAAUUCGAAACCUGAGUCUCUCUACAUAUGUGCCUGUGGCGCAAAUGGAAAAAGAGAAGUACAUACAUGCUCUGUGGAAAAACCCCCCACUCAGGACGGCCCUGGACGGAAGGUGUCGUAUCUACCUAUGUAUCCAUCUAUUGAAACCAGAGCGAUUGAGUACAGAAAAGACGGAUGCCAAGAGACAUAUCGACAUCUCUCCUGCACUGCACACAGCGCUCGAUGGAUGGAACCCCACAAAAGGUUUAUCUUCGGCGAAUAGCGAACACAUCGAGCGCGCACCUCCGGAGAAGUUCAAGGCGAUACCGUAA